GCUGCGGUCACUCUAUUCGAACGGAACGGAAUAUUUAUCGCGGAUUCUCGCGUUAUUUCGUUUGUGUCGCGCCUCAAUCAAACUCACCUUAAAAAUUAACACUCAAAUCGUAGAUUACGAGCUCUGUGCGGUGUUAUCAAAAAUAACAGGAUUAAUUCAUUACGAACGCCUACGCCAGUCGCUCUUCCCCUUUUUCCACUGCGCGCGUCGCUUAUUUUUACCUGCAGCGCAGUCGCGACAGCUGAGAAUUAAUAAAACGAAGAGAAAAGUGUAAAUUGGAUCACAAUUGGUAACAAAAAGUCGAUGCGAUCGAUCGCCAGUUGUUUUAUAUAUUAACAACAACAAAGCAAACCAGUUAUUAGAUGUUUUUGUGAAUAGUGUAAAUCAAAUUCUCGGCUCAUACCUACACAUACACCAAAUACAUUCCCGUAGUUCCUAUUCAGAUCCGAUCGGUUCUUCGAUUCGCAGAUCACAAGAUAAUAUGCAAAAUUAAACCAAGAGGAGCGUAAAUCGGGAAGUGCGAAAAGUGUCGUCGAAACGGGGAAAAUAAUCAAAGUUAACAGUAAUAUCCUGUUGUGUAAAUAAAAGGCUUAUACAUACACACACACAGUCGCAGAAGCAACAAACAAAGGAGGAAAAAGCGGCAAGAUGAAUAAAACCUGUGCCCGUUGCCAAAAGGUGGUUUACCCCAUCGAGGAGCUCAAGUGUCUGGACAAAACAUGGCACAAAACGUGUUUCAAAUGCACAGAAUGCGGCAUGACGCUCAAUAUGAAAACCUACAAGGGCUACAACAAAAUGCCCUACUGUGAGGCACACAUCCCGAAGGCGAAGGCAACGGCCAUUGCCGAUACGCCCGAACUGAAGCGCAUCGCGGAGAACACCAAAAUCCAGUCGAACGUCAAGUACCACGCGGACUUUGAGAAGGCCAAGGGCAAGUUUACACAGGUGGCCGAUGACCCGGAAACGCUGCGGAUCAAACAGAACACGAAGCACAUAUCGAAUGUGGCAUAUCACGGGGAUCUGGAGAAGAAGGCGGCCAUGGAGAAGCAGCGAGGAUCUGCCGAGGUCUCCGACAGCAGCAAUGAAUCGGAAUACUUCUCAGAGCAAUUGGCAGCUGAACAAUUCUCGCAAUAUGCACCCACAGCCUCACCCAUACCGCCAGCAGCGACAACACUACACCAGCAACAUCAGCAACAACAGCAGUUGCAACACCAACAGCAGCAGCAGUACCAGCAACAUCAGCAGCAACUGCAGCAGCAGCAACACCAACACCAACACUAUCUGCAACAGCAGCAACAGACUCUGCCACCGCCACCCAUACAACACCAGCAAUACAACACAGCGGCCAUAACGCCCACAUACCAACAGCUCCAACAGCAACAGCAGCAGCAACAGCGGGCACAGCAGCAGCAACUGCACGAUCCCUAUGCACACUACCAACAACCGCAGGCGCUGCGCCAGCAGCAACAGCAGCAGCAACAACAACAGCAGCAACAGCUGCUGCAACAGCAAGCCAUUAAACAAGCCUCACAUCUGUAUCCCACAGCAACAUCCCAGCAGCAACAGAUGCCGCCACCACAGUCUCCGUCGAAUCCGCAGCAGCAGGCGCUCAACAGCUACAACGAGAUGCGCUCGGCCAUACUCCAGAACUCCCAUCAUCCCAGCGGCAAUUCCGUGGAUCAGUACGACCAGCCACAGCAGCAGCAACAUCAGCAGCAACAUCAGCCGCAGCAGCAGCAACAUCAGCCGCAGCAGCAGAGCACCAACCCCACACUGGUGGCUGCCCCACAGCAGCAAUCCCAUCAUAGCCUACUGAACAACAAUACCAGCAACGGCGGCAUUUCGCACAGCCACCACAGCAACAUCAACAAUAAUGGGCACGGCUCACAGAACCAAAUGUUGCCGCCACAAAUGAGACGCUCGGCGGCCAGUGUCUCCGCCUACGAUGGCAACAGCAAGCAACAAGUGGCAGCCGGCCCAGGAGCUGCCCAGAAUCACCUGCAGCAAUUAUAUGCGUCUCCCAAUUACGCCGCUGUGACUCCAUCGGAGAACUCAAUAAACGCUAAGCAGCACGCCAGCAAUGGCCAUGUGCCGAACCAGCAGCAACAGCACGUGGCAGGCGGCAGCAAUAUCGGGAAGAUAGCGGACUAUGAUCCGCUGACGGAUGGACCAAGGGUGGUGCCCAAUGCCGGCCGGUCCAGCACCACUUUGGUCUACAGCUCCGAGCCACGAGGCAAUCAAGGUGGCAACAGUGUGUAUCCCAAGCGGAUUGGAUCCGUUUCCGAUAUUGAUCCGGCCAAUGGCAUCUACGGAUCGCUCACCGCCGCCGAGCAGGCUCACCAGCAGCAGAAGCACCAGCAGUACUACCAGCAGGUGCAGAUGAUGCAGCAGCAGGAGCACCCGCCGCAGCAACAGCAGAUGCGCCAGCAGCCAUCCUACUCCUCCCUGCAGGAAAAACAAUCGCGCCAGAGCUCAGCAAUGCGCGUCUAUCGGGCCAUCUAUGACUAUGAGGCGCAGGACGUCGACGAGGUCAGCUUCCGCGAGGGCGACGUCAUCUUUGAGGUGGAGUCAAUCGAUUCCGGCUGGAUGACCGGACGGGUGGAGCGUACCGGCAAGACCGGCAUGCUGCCCGCCAACUACGUGGAGCAGGCGGUUAUAUAAUAGGGAAUGUUCUACUACUGCUGCU